AUAUUUGAAACUCCAAUACGUUAGCUGGGGCAGCAUUGUUAGCUCCAGUUAUUAACUACUGGUGGCCUGGCUUUCCUUCAAACUUAUCUACGGAAGCAUAUUACCAACAGUUGCCCAACGACCAGUGGGCACUUCGAGUGUCUCAUUAUGCUCCCUGGCUUACUUACUGGUGGAACACUCAAAAAUGGUUCCCAGGUUCUAGUGCUAUCACUCACAGUGCUGAUAUUUUCUCUAGUGAGGACAAAAAAACUCUUGCCUGAGAUAAUCUCUGCAGCUUCGAACCACAUGGCACUAAUAAGACAGCAAGGCGAAUACGAGUCUGUGCAUCGGGACCUGAUAAUUGGAUUUGGAACAUGGGAAUUCUCUCCCAUGGAUCUGGAAAAUCCAUUUCCGAAUAACGAGGGCUCGGUGCACCUGUGGCAUGGAGAUGAGGAUCUGCUUGUGCUGGUUAGUCUGCAGCGCUACAUUGCUCAACAACUACCAUGGAUUCAAUACCAUGAACUACGCGGUGCGGGACAUAUAAUUCCGCAUGCUCCCUGGAUGUCGGAUAACAUAGUUAAGGCACUUUUGGUCGGAGAGAAGUAGGCUACAUUUAUGUGGAUUUGCCUGUACCCCUUUAAUGGUUAUAACCAACAUUGAU